GGGAUGCUAUGCAUUCUUUGUGGGGUUUUUUUUAUUAUUGGCUGGUUUUUUAGUCAGCCUUACCUUCAGUUCACCCUGGCUCUACACUAUUGGAUUUUUUUAGGAACAAGGAGGCAGUCAUGAUGAAUCCGAUAGAGUAUUUAUGGAGUCAAGUUCAUUCAGCAUUCAGUGGAAAUGAGUUUCUGUUCUUAACAUUUGGGUCAGUAUCAGUUGUCACUUUCGCUCUUAUUGUAUUCAACAUUCCCUUUGCUGUGGUCGACCUCACUGGAUGGCCUUCCUCACUCGUCAAGUACAAAACCCAGGAAGGAAAAACUAUUCCAGUUAACUGGCCAAUGUAUCGCAAGACGUUAACUCUGACAGCAUUUAAUGCAGUGGUUGUGAGUUUCAUCGUCCAGGUGAUGAUGUACCCUUUGGCUGUCAGGACCAUCAGCUGCUCCCUUUCACUUCCGUCACUCCCCAAGGUAGUAUGGGACUUUGUCGUCUGUUUGCUGGUCAUUGAAGUGCUCUUCUAUUACGCGCAUAGGUUGUUCCAUGCCCCAAUACUGUACAAGCGCAUACACAAGCUACACCACGAUUGGAUUGCCCCAGUGAGUGUGGGCUCCAUUUACUGCCAUCCUAUAGAGUACGUCUUCUCCAACCUCCUGCCAGUUGUGAUCGGCCCUUGUGUGACUGGUAGCCACGUCACGGUGGCAUGGUUCUUCUAUACUGUCGUCAUCUUUUUUACUACUCUGAACCAUUGUGGCUACCACUUUCCCUUCCUACCGUCCAAUGAGUUCCAUGACUUCCAUCAUGCCAAGUUCAACGAGUGCUAUGGGUCUCUAGGUCUCCUCGACUACCUCCACUCCACGGAUCUCUCAUUUCGCAAGCGUAGCAACUACAAACGUCAUGUUAUACUGACUGGUCGCGAUUCAGCCAGGGAACUGUAUCCAGAUAUAAAGAAAAAAGCAGAGCAGUGAUCGCUUCAAAAUUUGUUCCAUGAAUUUUUUAGCGUGCUUGCACAACCUAUAUACUUGCUUCAUCAUAAUGCUCAUUAUGCAAGGCUGUUUGUACAUGUCUAGUAAAACUAUUCAGUUACGUUAUACAUGUAUGUUUUGUACAGUUUCUUAAUCUUGUAUAACUAUGCAUGGUUAUGAUCACUACAAACUGG